AAGAGUGGCAAUGGCACUUACCAAGAAUAACCAGAAUUUCUGCUGAUUUUGCCUUUUUCUUCAAAGCCCAAUAUAUAUAGUAUUCCACCACUUCUCACCCAAAAAGCCAAAAUUACUAGUCAUCACUUUCACACACCCCACCCCCACCUCAAAAUACCCACCCCCACCAAAAAAAAUUUGAUAAAAAUUACUUGAACAAGCAAAAAGAUUGAAACUUUAUGCAAAAUGGACCAAGAAUUGCAUAGAAAUUUAGUUAGUGGAAAUGGUGGGUUUGAACCAAGAUACUUUAGAGGUUUAAGUACCCCUUUUUCAUUUUCUUUAACAAGAUUGGCCUCUUGUUUCAAUCUUCAGAAUCAGAGUUUUGAUGAUGAUGGUGAUGGGGUUUCUUAUUGUGAUUAUGGGUAUUCAAGACCUAUUGUGUUUCUUGAUGUGAUAUGGAAUUUGGCAUUUGUUUUGGUUUCUUGUUUUGUGUUAUUGACUACUCUUGGAGAAAAGCCUUCUACUCCAUUGAGGCUUUGGAUUGGAGGUUAUGCACUUCAGUGCCUCUUGCAUGUUGGUUUUAUUUGGGUUGAGUUUCAAAGAAGGAGUUUUGAUGAUUUUGAUGCUGGGAAUUUUGAUGGGGUUUCUUCUUUUUCACUGCUUCACAGCAGCAGCAUCAUGAAGAGGUUGGAAUCAGUCAAUACUGUGAUUUCAUCAAUCUGGUGGGUAUUUGGCUUUUACUGGAUUGUUAUGGGUGGCCAGGAACUUCUGCAAGAUUCACCUCGCCUUUACUGGUUAUCAGUUGUUUUCCUAGCAUUUGAUGUGUUCUUUAUGAUCUUUUGCAUUGCGAUGGGAAUUGUAGUCUUCUUCGCAUUCUUUUGUUUUUUUCCAUUUAUCGCAACAGUCGCAUAUGCCAUGAGACUUGGAGAUGGAGCAUCUGAAAAUGAUAUCAAGACUCUUCCUAAGUAUAGAUACGGUCAACUAAAUACUUCAGGGAACCUUGUAAAAAUGAAGACAGGAGAAGAUCACUCAAUAUCACAGCUCAAUAGUAGUGCCUCUGUACCUGAGCUUGCUCUUAAACCAGAUGAUUCUGAGUGCUGCAUCUGCCUUUACAAAUAUGUAGAAGGGGCAGAGCUGUGUGUUCUUCCCUGCAAUCAUCAUUUUCACAAUGGAUGCAUUAGCAAAUGGCUAAAGAUCAAUGCAACCUGUCCCCUCUGCAAAUUCAAUAUUCUUAGGGGUGACACUCUAGUCUGACUAUUUGUCUGUCAGAGAGUUGAGUUGAGACUAUACUGAGAAAUGUAACUUUUUUUUCUCAUGGCCUGCUUGUCUUUUGGCAAAAUGUAUGUAAUAUUAGCCAUAUUUAAUGCUUGUCUCACCCUCAGCUAUUACACCUGGUAGCCUUUGUAUAUUUGAUUAAUUAGAGCCUAGUACUGUUAACAGAGUCUAAGCUCUAUGCACAAACGCAGGUUAAAAUUUGACACUGAUUAGUUAGCUUCAA